AAGAGGGGCGAGAAACAAUUGGUGUCUUACGGUUUGGGAGGAAGCUAGGGAGAGAGGAGGAUACGAUGAUCGUGGUCAAGCCGCCAUGGGUGUGCCAUGGGAGAUUGUCGAUUUUCUCUAUAGACAUCCAUCCCGAUGGGUCGCGGUUCGCCACAGCGGGAGGAGAUCAGAAGGUCAGGAUAUGGAGCAUGGUCCCUCUUGUGGACAAAGAGGCGGAAACGGAUCUGACCACACCGAAAGCGCUGGCUACGCUGUGCGAUCAUUUUGCAGCCGUGAAUGUUGUCCGAUGGUCGCGAGCUGGAAGGUAUAUCGCCUCAGGAUCGGAUGACCAUAUCGUGUUUGUGUACGAGCGAAGGCCGGGGAGCGGAACUGUGGUAUUUGGAAGCAGAGAAAAGCCGGAUGUGGAGAACUGGAAGGCUGUGAUCACACUGCGAGGGCACACUGCAGAUGUGGUCGAUCUUGCGUGGUGCCCUGAUGAUAGUUUGCUUGUAAGCUGCAGUCUCGACAACACUCUGCGGGUCUGGUCCAUGCCGAAUGGUGGAAUUGUGGCGCAUCUGGCGGAACACCGAUCUCUUGUGAAAGGUGUUGCGUGGGAUCCUAUUGGGUCGUUCGUGGCGAGUCAAUCGGACGACAAGAGUGUCAUCAUAUGGAAUACCAGUGAUUGGAGUCUGCACCAGAAAGUGGAGGGACCCUAUCAGAAGACGGUCGGGUGCACAUUCUUUCGUCGACUGGCGUUCUCUCCGUGUGGCCACUUCUUGACAACGACGCAUGCGUAUGAACCACCGAGCCAUACUGCCGCGGUGCUUGAGAGAGGAGAUGAAUGGUCAAAGGUGUUUGACUUUGUCGGCCACGGUGCUCCGGUCGUGGUGGUUCGGUACAAUCAUUGCAUGUUCCGCAAGCAAGGAGUGAAUUUGGGCGUUCCUGGGACAGCUGAUGGAACAGCAGCUGGAGCCGGUCCGACGGGUGCUGCCUGGGGCAUGCAGAACGGAGGUGUCCCGGGCCCAGCGACCAAGGAGAAGGGUUUUGGGAUUGGCGGAAACACCAAGGUCUUCAACUGCAUUGCCAUUGGUAGCCAAGACUGCAAGGUGUCUGUUUGGACAACGAAUCGUCCGAAACCAGUCAUGAUCGGAAAGCACUUCUUCAGCCAGCCUGUGGUGGACCUUGCAUGGAGUCCAGAUGGCUACACGCUUCUUUGUUGCUCGACAGACGGGACCAUUGCAGUCUUUAAGUUUGAGGAGAGCGAGCUUGGCGUCCCUUUGACGGCACAGGAGAUGGAUGAGGUCAAGAGAGAGCGGUAUGGGGACACGCGGUUGCGGAAUAUGGCAUUGGCUGAGAGCCCUAUGCAACUUGUUCUGGAAAAGGCAGCGCCGCCUCCAACCCCCUCUGUCGCUGUGAAUUCUGUGGGAGCAGCAGGGCGAGCUGAUCAGGUGGAAGGCAGCAGCAGUUUGAAAACCAUGACUGCAAUUGGUGGCCCCACGGCGGUUGCGGCGACAACCGUACCUCCGAGUGAUCCUGUAGGGAAUGGUGCACCCCUGGUUGGGGCUUCAUCAUUGUCAACUGUGUCGCCAAAUGGCAUCCCGCCACGUGGUUUGGGUCAGGUACGGCAGAUGGAGUACAGGCGGGCAGAUGGCAGAAAGGUUAUAAUCCCAGAGCCCCUGUUGCCGCCCCCGCCAUCAGUACCUGACAGUGUAGUGGCGGGUAGCCCGCGGAGGUUUGGAGGGGUGGAUUCGGCAUCUGCUCCAGCAACGGGGGGGGGUCAGUUGGGAGGGAUGGGUGGUGCGGCGCAAGUGAUGCGUGCGAGUGAUGCAGACGGUUUUGCUGGCGGUGAUAUCCUUGGAGAGAAGAGGGGGCACCCUGAAGAUAGUGCCCGUGGAGAAGGGCUCGGAUCUGUGAAAAGGAUGAGGACGGAGAAGAGUCUUGGAGGUGGAUUGGUUGGCCCACCUCCCCCUCCUCCAGCACCACCAGCUACCCGUGGCAUGCCAUUCAACAACAAAGUGCCGGAGGCUGGCAUGCCAAUUGAUAGAAUAUCGGCAAGUGCACCGACUGUCGUGUCUGUACCAGGUGGCAGGAGUGAGACCUUAACACUGUGUCUGCGUGAUGAUGACACGGACGACGACUGGGAUGUUGAAGAUGGAAGGGGUGGAAGGAGGGGUGAGUCAAGGGUUGUGAUGCUUGAGGCAAGGCCUGUUGCUCACAGUAAUCACACAGGGACCUUUGGAGGGGGUGUUGCUGAGCGAAUAGGGCUUCUUCCGGGCGGUGGGAAAGCAGAGAAGCAGACAGAGGUAGUUUGUUCGAGUGAGGGAUCUGUCCGAUGGAGAGAUUGGCUGGAUUCUGCGCCUGUGGCAAUCGCAGGGAACACACGGCUCUGGGCCGUCGCUUGUCGUGACGGAAGCCUGCAGGUCUACUCACCCAGGGGAAGGCGACUUUUACCAUGUGUUGUCCUGGAUUCCCCGGUUGCUUUUAUGGACUGCAACUCUAAUUCUAUCCUGUUAGCGCUGACGAGGGCAGGGAUGGUGCAUGUGUGGGACAUCAAGCAGUACAAGCGGAUUCUGCAGGAAUCGGUGUGCCCGGUGCUGAGGUGUGAGAUGGAUAGCGAGUGUGACGAUGGUGGUAAGCAGCCGGGAUCUGGGGACAUGCCUGCUGGUGGCGCGGGAACGGCUGGCGGAAUGAGUGGAAACAAGCCGCAGCAAGAUAGCUGGUGUGGGAGGAAAGUUGUCCGAUGUCACUUAUCAAGGGCUGGCGCCCCGGUGAUCGUCCUCGAUAAUCGGCAUGCCUAUGUGUUCCACAUGGCCAUGUGUUGCUGGAUACGAGUUGCAGAUAAGGAGUUUUUGGGUUCUGAGUUCAUGACGUCAUGGGUGGGAAACGGAUUGCGAUGGGGAGGUGGGGUUGGAGUUGGAGCCGACACAGUUGGUGAGGUUGGCGAGCUUCAGGCUGGAGUUGCAAGUGUUGGACUCUGGUCCAGAAAUGCAAGAAUGCUUGGCAGACUAUUAGAAAGAGAAGAUAGUAAGCAAGCGACACGAGCGCAUCUUGAGACUAUGCUUGCAUCUGCGUUGGCGCUGCAAUCCCCUCAAGAAUACAAGAGCUGUUUACUGGCGUAUGUUCGACAUCUCACAAGGGAAGGAGACGAGGGUCGGCUUCGGGAAGUCUGUGAAGAUUUGUUCGGCAUGCCAUCAAGCUCUGCGCAUGGACCGGCGGAAAGAGAGGACGCGUUUGUUCUGGGAAUGCGAAAGAGACACCUUCUACGGAACGACGUGCUGCCGGUGAUGGCGGGAAACCGAAAAAUACAGCGGCUGUUGAACGAGUUCUUGGAUCUUGUUACGGACAUGGAACCCAACUUGAGGCCGGCUUGAUGUUGCUCUCCCGCUCAAGCACUCUGGUUUGGCAGUAUCCUUUGACGAUGAAUAGAAUGCGGAACAGAAGGCGCGUCCUUUUUUCUUAUUACCUGCCUCGUUUGGCCAUAUCCUUUGCGGUUCAUCUUUAGAAUACAAGAAAAACCACGCGUGUCGACUUUUCUCUUGUUGCCUUUUCAUUCGUCGUCGUCGUCUUUCUCACCUCUCCCAGUAACCUUCCCGGCAUUUCCUCCUGCCCCUUUGUGUCCAUUGGCUGCUUCCACUCCCGUGGCGGCUACUCCCGGUACUCGUUGUCGGUUCUGGAAUAGUCAUCCAUCUUCCCCUUUCACUCCUCUCAAUUGAUAUCUUCAUUGUACUGGAUGCGGUGUGUGGUGUACUCCCUCCCUCCUUCCUUCCCUCCUUCCCUCCUUCCCUCCUCCUCCCCUCCUUCCCUCCCUCGGUCCCUCGUUCCCUCUCUCCCUCCCUCGUUCCCUUUCUCCCUCCCUCGUUCCCUCUUUCCCUCCCUCCCAUGUAGUUGAGAUAUGCUAUAGGGGCAAAAUCUUGCUCUAGCUAUCUGAGCUAUACUAUAGCAGUUCAACAAGGCCAUAGUGAUUUAUGUUUUGCUAUUGGAGAUUGGUAUAGCAUAUCUGAAUUAUUCUAUUGCUAUAGGUGUC